AUGGAUCGAUUUAUUAUCGUGUCUUUGAUGCUUUUAAUUCUUGGUGCAGUACUAUGUGAGGGUGGUGAAGCUAUGUGUCGUCAAAUGACUGGUGUUCACACAUGUGCAUCAAGGGACUGUCCACCAUAUAUGUAUGUCGAAGCUUAUCAAAACUAUCCAUGCGACUGCUUUAAAAUCGAAAAACUUCCAAAUAAAACAAAAAAAUGGUAUCAUAUUGAAACAUCUGAGGGAGAGUAUGGCUAUGUACUCGAUGAUCAUUGUUGGGCCGAAGUUCCAAAAUGCAAAAAAUAA